AUGUACAAGGUUUUGGAGCGGGUUAUCCUGGACCGACUCAUUAAACAUCGCGAAGAAACAACGCGCGACGAGCAAGCUUGCUUUCGUCCUGGCCGAUCUACGAUUGACCAGGUGUUCAUCGUCAAGAGGGUGAUCUGGCGGCAGUAUUCAAAGCCAAUGCAAUUAGCCUUUCUGGACUUUAAAGCCGUUUUCGACUUUUCUCAUCGAGCCCGUCUUCUAAACGCGCGUUGCGCCGAUGCAGUACCACGAAAGUUCUUUGGUCUACUUGAUCACAUGAAUCAACAAACAAUUGCUGCAGUUGCAACACCAGCCGGAUGUACAACACCAUUUGAAGUAGUAACGGGAGUAAGAGGUAGUAAAUGGUAG